UGAAAAAAAGCGAAAACGGAGAGGAAGAAGAAGAGCUAAAAUCAUAUGACUUGUCGAUCGAUAGAGCAGAAAAAUAAAGGUUGCAUUUUCCGCUGAGCUGCGUUGCCAAAAGUUCCGUUUUAGCCAACAGACGAACAAAAAACACACACACAGAGGCCGCAACAAGUGCUAAAACUGUACAAAAAAGCACCAACCAGCAACUAGCAAUCGUCUUUUUUUUUCUUCCUGUGUGCUGUGUGUGUUUCUCUUUUUUGUUGUUGUUGUGUGCGUGUUUUGGACUCAUUGACCAUAAUAAUGGAUAGCUCUGGAUUCAUGUUCAACGUGGACAACGGCUACUUGGAGGGCCUCUGCCGUGGCUUCAAGUGCGGCAUCCUCAAGCAGGCCGAUUAUCUCAAUCUCGUCCAGUGCGAGACACUCGAAGAUCUGAAGCUGCAUCUGCAGGGGACAGAUUAUGGCAGCUUCCUGGCGAACGAACCAUCGCCGCUGUCCGUCUCCGUCAUCGAUGAUAAGCUGCGCGAGAAGCUGGUGAUUGAGUUCCAGCAUAUGCGGAAUCAUGCCGUGGAGCCGUUAUCCAAUUUUUUGGACUUCAUCACGUAUGGUUAUAUGAUUGAUAAUAUCAUAUUGCUGAUAACGGGCACACUGCAUCAGCGACCCAUCUCGGAGCUGAUACCCAAGUGCCAUCCGCUGGGCAGUUUCGAGCAGAUGGAGGCCAUCCAUGUCGCUUCGACGCCCGCCGAGCUCUACAACGCUGUCCUGGUGGACACACCGCUCGCCCCAUUCUUUGUCGAUUGCAUUUCGGAGCAGGAUCUCGAUGAGAUGAACAUCGAGAUCAUUCGCAACACGCUGUACAAGGCCUAUCUGGAGGCGUUCUACAACUUCUGCAAGAAUAUGGGCGGCUCCACAGCCGACGUUAUGUGCGAAAUCUUGGCUUUUGAGGCUGAUCGCCGUGCCAUCAUCAUUACGAUCAACUCGUUCGGCACGGAGCUGUCCAAGGAUGAUCGGGCCAAGCUGUAUCCCAACUGCGGCAAGAUGUAUCCCGAUGGAUUGGCCGCCUUGGCCCGUGCCGAUGAUUACGAGCAGGUGAAGACCGUCGCCGAGUAUUAUGCGGAAUAUGCGGCACUGUUUGAUGCAUCCGGCAAUAAUCCGGGCGACAAGACGCUGGAGGAUAAGUUCUUUGAACACGAGGUGCAUUUGAAUGUGUUCGCGUUCUUGCAACAGUUCCACUUUGGCGUUUUCUACGCAUACCUCAAGCUGAAGGAGCAGGAGUGCCGCAACAUUGUCUGGAUCGCCGAGUGCGUUGCCCAGAAGCAUCGCGCCAAGAUCGACAACUAUAUUACCAUAUUCCAGCACUAAUCACCGGUCACCGAUCGAUCAGUGAUCACAGUUUCCACGUUUCCCCCCCGUUUCGCUUCUUCACACAUAUAAAUAAUUUUUAAAUGCAAUUUUCCUUUUUCGUGUCGCGUGUCGUUAACAUAAUUGUAUUAUUAUUAUUAUUAUUAUAAUUUUUUUUUUGUUUCCCUGUUAUGCAAUUGUUAAAGUGAGUGUGUAUAUUAUAUGAUACUGCUACUACUGUAAAUGUAUUCUUCUUUCCGAGUAUUAUUCCAAUACAAUUAUUGUUGCAACUGCUCCUGUUGCUGUUGUUGUUGUUGUUGUCGUCACAGUCACACGACACUAUGACGCACCGCACGCGCAAUCUUUUCAUUUCUAUUCAAAUAUUUUUUUUUUAUGUGAAGUGCAAUGCUACCCCAAAGGGGAGGCUAGAUUCCCAUUCCCAUUCCGAGCUCGGUUUAACAUCUACCAUACAUAUAAAUAUAUAUAUACAAUAAAACAAUUGUUAAUUCUUUCGAACAUACAGCUGCGCAUUAAAUAUAUCUAUAUAUAUAUAUAAAUAUAUAUAUAUAUGUAUGUAUGUCUGUAUAUCAACUUAUCAUAUUGUGAAAAUAAACCAAUCUGUUUUAGAAUAUCUAA